CGGAAGUGACGACAGAUGGGGCGAGGUGGGGAACUCACGCCCCUGUCCGUGAACAUCGACGAACUUGUGAAGAUGGCUGCUUCUCUGCUGCUGGGGUUCAUGAUGAUGUUGGGGGUGCAAGCAGCCUUGAAGACUGGCGGCCUCUCCCCCGUGCCCGUAGAUGACGCCGGGGUGGUGAACGCGUCCCGGGUGGCGGAGAAAUCCUUCAAUGACCAGACCAACGACUUGUUUUACAGCGCGGUGUCGAAUGUGAAAUCGGCCCAAGUACAGGUGGUGGCUGGAUUGAAGUACUAUCUCACCCUGGAGCUGAGAACCACCGUCUGCAGGAAGAGAUCUGUUUCCCCGAACUGUCCCUUCCACAAGAAUCCUCGAUACGCCAAGACAAUGACCUGUAACUUCGAAGUCUGGGAGCAAGUUUGGCGUGGGUGGUCGAAGGUGACCAAACAGAAUUGCACCAGAACGGCAAAGUGACCAGACUUUAGGACCCGUGGUGUGCGGCGCACAGAGCUCUGCUGAAGCAAUAAUGCUGAUCACUAGGUCAAAUGGAUACUAACACAGCACUUUACCACAGCCCUGGAAGCCUACUGAAUGGAAGCACUACAACGUGUGCAGACAAACGCAUGUGCACGAGCGAGCGGUUUGAGUUUUUUAACCUUGCGCAGUAAAGUUUUUAGCAUCCUGA